UGUGGGGUACGAGGAAGGGUACCUCUUCACCAACCAACUAACUUGCGUUGACCAAUGCUACAUAUAAAUCUACGAAAAUGUUUUGACAGCAACCCACAUUUUCGCUGCUUCUAAAACUCUCUCACGGCAACAUGGCAAAGCUACCUGUGAAGUACUAUGUGGUGGACGCGUUCACUGACUCAGCUUUCAAGGGAAACCCAACAGCGGUGUGUUUAUUAGAGGAAGAGAGAGAUGAGAAAUGGUUGCAAGAUGUGGCAACUGAGUUCAAUUUCUCUUGUUACUUGACUCGGCUAUUUGGGUCCAACUCUCUUGACUCGUCCAAUCCUAGGUUCCGUCUUAGAUGGUUCACUCCUGCUGCUGAGGUUAAGAUAUGUGGUCAUGCUACAUUAGCUGCUGCACAUACACUCUUCACUUCUAGUUUGUUGAAUUGUGAUGUCAUUGAGUUUGUCACAAAAUCGGGAACAUUAACUGCUAGAAAGGUUGCAGAUAUACAAACAAUUGAUGGUUCGAAUAUUCAGAAUCAUGAGUCACAAGAGAGUUUUCUUAUUGAAUUGGAUUUUCCUACCAUCCCAAUGAUUGAUUUCAACCCUGCUGAGUUUUCACCCAUUUCCAAAGCCCUGAAUGGUGCCUCUGUGAUUGAUAUAAAGAGAACAGCAACUUUAGACGAUCUCAUUGUAAUACUCUCAUCUGGAGAAACUGUCGCAGAACUUCAGCCACAGUUUGAUUUGAUAUGUAAAUGUCCUGGAAGGGGGAUAGUUAUUUCAGGGCCUGCUCCCCUAGAUUCUGGAUUUGACUAUUACUAUCGAUUCUUUUGCCCAAAACUUCGGCUCAAUGAGGAUCAUGUUUGUGGGAGUGCAAAUUGUUCCUUAGCAUUGUACUCGAGCAAAAGGCUAGGGAAGUGUGAUCUUGUUGCAUAUGCGGCUUCAGCUAGAAGUGGAGUAGUAAACAUUCAUCUCGAUGAACAAAACCAAAGAGUGCUACUGCGAGGAAAAGCUGUUACUAUCAUGGAAGGGUCUUUAUCAGUUUAGACAUUUGGAGUUAAAACUCCAUUUUGCAUGUAUUUUGCAAUGAAAUAAUUCCCCGAUGACUGGAAUUGAAAUUUUCAAUCCAUAGUUGAUUUAA